AUGUGGAAACUCUCCAUCGAUGGGGCCUCCAAUAGACAUGGCAACGGGCUAGGGGUCGUGUUGACAUCCUCGGAUGGGCUGACUAUCAAGCAUGUGAUUACACUCGGGUUCCAAGCAUCCAACAAUGAGGCGGAAUAUGAAGCCCUCCUUACCGGAUUGAAGAGCGCUUUAAGAAUGAAGGCAUCAGAACUUAUGGUAUUCAGCGACUCCAAGCUGGUUGUCAAUCAGGUCUCCAGGGAAUAUAAGGCCAGGGAUGAAAGGAUGGCUAAGUGUCAAGUACUGGAACGUGCAGACAUCAAAAAGUUUUCCGCAAUAAGAAUGGAACAAAUUAACCGCGAAAAAAAUAAUGCAGCCGACGAAUUGGCCGGCCUAGCAUCUAUGCAAACAACUUUUCCCAAUCCUUUGAUGAUAGAAUUCUUACCCUGUCCGAGCAUUAAGCAACCGGAGGUUCUUGAAGUACUCUGCACCGACUUGGGACCAUCCUGGAUGGAUCCUAUUAUCACCUUCCUAAAGGAUCGAAUUCUACGCACUGAAAAGAAAGAGCCCAACAAGAUGAGAGCCAGGUCAAAGCGGUUUUGGCUAUCUCCAUCUGGCACCUUAUGCAAGAAAUCUUUCACUGGGACAUACCUGAAGUGUGUCCACCCCAGCAAGGUUGAAGCUUUCGUCUUCAAGAUUCAUGAUGGCAUCUGCGGAAGCCAUAUUGGGGAUAGAUCUUUGGCUUACCGAGCAAAUUCCCAGGGGUUAUUGGUGGCCGUACAUGCAGGCGCGUACAAAUAUGUUUGCAAAUGCGAAAAAUGUCAAAAACUCGCUCACCAGAUUCACCAACCAGACAAAGAGUUGCUCCUGCUUACAAGUCCUUGGCCAUUUGCUCUUCGGGGGCAAGACAUUGUAGGACCUCUUCCAGCAGUUCUAGGCAACCGCAAAUUUUUCAGUUCUGCUACCGACUACAUCGCCAAGUGGGUGGAGGCCGAGCCAUUGCCCACUAUCAAGGAAAAAGAUGUUAAAAAAUUUGUCUGGCCGAAUGUCAUCACCCACUUCGGCAUCCCAAAAACUCUCAUUUCGGAUAAUAGCACUCAAUUCGACGGAAAACUUUUUCGCGGGUUUUGCGAGGAGUUAAAGAUUGACUUCUACAAUUCUACACCAGCCUACCCGCAAUCCAAUGGCCAAGCCGAAGCUUCAAACAAAACCAUCUUGGACGGUCUGAAAAAGCGAUUGGAGAAGGCCAAUGGAAAGUGGGCUGAGGAACUUCCCAAUUUGCUCUAG